AUGAUGGUAGCGAUGAAGAAAAUUCGACUGGAGAACGAUGAUGAGGGAGUGCCGUCGACAGCCGUUAGAGAAAUUUCGUUACUAAAGGAACUAAGACAUCCAAACGUGGUCAGACUCGAAGAGGUGAUCAUGGAGGAGAACAAGUUGUACCUGAUUUUUGAAUACUUGUCAAUGGAUCUGAAAAAGUAUUUGGACGCUAUUCCAGAUAGCGAGUUGAUGGAGCCGAUGCUGGUUAAGAGCUAUUUGCAUCAAAUUCUCGAGGCUGUCUGUUUCUGUCACGAGCGUCGUAUCAUCCAUCGCGACUUGAAGCCCCAAAACUUACUCAUUGACAGCAAAGGAGUCAUAAAGUUGGCGGAUUUUGGUUUGGCAAGAGCAAUCGGUGUUCCAGUACGAGCGUAUACUCAUGAGGUGGUCACUUUAUGGUAUCGAUCGCCAGAAGUCCUGCUUGGGUGCCAGCGAUAUUCCAUGCCUCUUGAUGUUUGGUCUGUCGGUUGCAUAUUCGCGGAGAUGACGACGAAAAAGCCGCUGUUUCAUGGAGAUUCAGAAAUCGAUCAGCUAUUCCGUAUAUUUCGCAUCUUGUCAACACCUACGGAGGAUGUGUGGAAGGGCGUUACGACUUUUCCGGAUUACAAAGCAACCUUUCCGAUUUGGAAGGAAAUAAGAUUGGCAGAUUCAGUGAAAAACGUGGAGGAAGAGGCGUUUGAUUUGCUACAAGCAAUGUUAAUCUACGAUCCCGCGAAACGAAUUUCAGCGAAGAGGGCGUUGCAGCACAUAUAUUUCGACGAUCUCGACAAAGACGCGCUGCCUUCCGCGGGAUUCACCCCAGAAGUUCGAUCUGCCGCACGGGUAUAA